AUGGUUAAGUCGUAUGAUCGUUACGAGCAAGUCAAAGCAUUUGGGGUUAUAACUUCGCAGUCCAAUGUGAUUUGGCUUCAACCCUCAUCCACACAAUCCACUAAAAGUGCCGGUAGAGCAAUUAGUUCUGGGUUAGAAGAAAUCUUAGUAUGGGACAUCAAAACAGGAGAAAUCUUACAGAGAUUAAGUGAAGGAUUGACUCCUGGAGCUUCUAACUCUUCUACCACCUCACCUCCAUCACCAGUUAGUUAUUUGGCAUACCAUGAGUUGAAUAACUUGGUAGCAGCAGGGUACGCCAAUGGGUCUAUUAAAGUAUGGGAUUUGGCUUCGGAAUCCGUUUUGGUAUCGUUUGAAGGUCACAAAUCGGGGAUCACCAAACUUGUGUUCGAUAAAAGUGGAACCAGAUUGUGUUCUGGAUCUCAAGAUUCCACCAUAAUCCUCUGGGAUUUGGUCGGAGAAGAAGGUUUAUUCAAAUUAAAGGGACACAAGGGGCCUAUCACCGGCAUAGAAUUUUUGAGUACGGAUCCUGAAUCGAAGGAAUUGGACGAUUUGGAAGAUUACAUUUUGAGUAGUUCUCGUGAUGGACUUUUGAAGUUAUGGGAUUUAAAGACCCGUCAAUGUGUUGAGACUCAUUUGGCACAUUCAAAUGAGUGUUGGGGUCUUAGUGUUAACUCGACCAGAUCUUUAUUGGUCACCAGUGGGAAUAAAGAUCAAGUCAAAUUAUGGCAUGUUGAUUUGAGUCAACCAGAUAAUAAGAAAGUCAGUGAAAGAGGAAGCUUUGAUAAACUGAGUAAGAGCAGAUGUCAGGAAAUUGCAUUUAAGGAUCUCCCCAAUGGAAUCGAAUUGUUUUAUAUUCAAAAUGUCGAUCGAACUAUUGAAAUGUUUAGAGUAAGAUCAGACGAUGAGAUGAAGAAGGGCAUUGCUAAAAGAAUCAAGAGACUCACUGAAAAGGGGUUUGAUGAAGACGAAAUCAUGGACUCUUUAAGGGAAUCGGAGAUAAGCAUGCUCAUCAAGCCAUUUGCUACCAUUAGGACCAUAGCCAAAAUAAAGUCAUGUAUAAUUGCUGGAGGUUCAAGUAACUCCAAAAAGAGUUUGGACUUUUUAAUUGGGUUGGCAAAUAACAGCAUUGAAUAUCACACGGUUCCGUUACCGGAAGACGAUAUCAAAAAGGCUAAUGCUUCAGAUAUUCAUUCUAUUAAGAAAUUUUCUAUUGAUAUCCUUGGGCAUAGAAGUGACAUUAGAACUAUAGAUGUUUCCGAUGACGAUAAAUUAUUGGCUACUGCUUCUAAUGGAGAAUUGAAAAUAUGGAACAUUCUGACUUUCAAAGUAAUAAGAUCAUUUGUUCUUGAAGGUGGGUAUGCACUUUGUUGUAAAUUUUUACCUGGAGGCACUUUGGUGGUUGUAGGUUUCAAGAAUGGUGAUUUGGAAUUAUACGACUUGACAUCUUCUUCUUUGGUCGACUCAGUACAAAAUGCUCAUGGAAAUAAUUUAGAAACAGCUGCUAUUUGGUCAAUGGAUUUGACUCCGGAUGGGAAAACUUUGGUUACUGGUGGUAAUGAUAAAUGUGUCAAAUUUUGGAACUUCAAGGUAGUCAAAGAUCUUAUACCUGGUUCCACAAAUUCUUAUGCUACGUUAAUGAAAUUUCAACAUAAACAAACAUUGGAUUUGAAUGAAGACGUUUUAUGUGUUAAGAUAUCACCAGAUGCUAAAUAUUUGGCAAUUUCUUUAUUAAACAAUAACGUUCAAGUGGUCUUUAUGGACUCAUUAAAACUAUUCUUGACCUUAUAUGGACACAAAUUGCCAGUGUUAUCGAUCGACAUUUCCCAUGAUUCCAAAUUAAUCAUCACUUCUUCAGCAGAUAAGAAUAUCAAGAUUUGGGGUUUGGAUUUUGGUGAUUGUCAUAAAUCAAUAUUUGGUCAUCAAGAUUCAAUUAUGAAUGUUAAGUUUAUUCCGGAAACUCACAACUUCUUUUCCACUGGUAAGGAUGGGUUAGUUAAAUAUUGGGAUGGUGAUAAGUUUGAAUGUGUUCAAAAGCUUCCAGCCCAUCAGAGUGAAGUAUGGAGUUUAUCUGUUGGUUACAGUGGAAGGUAUGCCAUUACUGCUUCUCAUGAUAAUUCUAUUAGGUUGUGGAAGGUUUCCGAAGAUCAGGUUUUCCUUGAAGAAGAACGAGAGAAGGAAAUGGAUGAAAUGUAUGAAAAUACCUUGUUGGAUUCUUUAGAAGCAGAUGAUGUAUUACCUUCUAAAGGUGGUGAUGAAGGUGAUGAUGAAGAUCAAGAUAUGGACGAUGCCACUAGAGUAUCCAAACAAACCAUGGAAACGUUGAAAGCAGGUGAAAAGUUAAUGGAAGCAUUGGAUAUCGGUAUUGAAGAUGUCAACAAUAUUGAAGAAUAUGCUGCUCAAUUAAUGGCAUACAACAAAAAGAAGAGUGGGACUGUUCCUGUGAAACCAACGCCCAACACUAUAUUGAUGGCAUAUGGAGUUACUGGACAAGAAUACGUAUUAAGCGUGUUGCUUAAGAUCAAAGCUGCACAAUUAGAUGAUGCCUUAUUGGUUCUUCCGUUCUCGUAUACCUUAAAGUUAUUAAGAAUGAUUCAGAUUUGGACCAAUAAGGAUAACAUUACCAACAAUAUUGUCAAUAUGUCAUUGAUAUGCAAGGUAUUAUUUUUCGUUAUUCGAUCCAAUGCCAAAGAAUUGGUUGCACAGAAGGAUCCACAAAUCAUGAACCAAUUGCUUCUAGUUAAGGAACAGAUCCGGAGUCAAUUAGCUGGAGCUAAAACUCAAUUAGGUGUUAAUACCCAGGGAUUACGUUAUAUUAAACAACAAUGGAAACUUACACAUGAGACUCAAUUUAUAGACGAGAACGAACAAAAGGAACACGACGAUAAGAAAGCUAUCAAGAGAAGCUAUGCAACAGUCUAG